AUGGAGCCUAAGAAACCACCACCAGGAAAGGUGUUUAAAGAUCCAAUCCAUGGAGAUAUCGAACUACACCCAUUAUGUGUCAAGAUCAUCGACACACCGGAGUUCCAGAGGUUGCGCUUUGUGAAACAGUUGGGAGGAUGUUACUAUCUCUAUCAUGGCGCCUCACAUAACCGAUUUGAACACUGUAUUGGAGUGUGUCACCUGGCCGGGAUAUUGGUGGAGGCUAUUGCGAGUCGACAACCUGAAGAUAAAAAAGUCUCGGAGAAGAAGAAAUUAUGUGUGAAGAUUGCUGGACUUUGUCAUGAUUUGGGUCAUGGUCCAUUUUCUCACAUGUUUGAAAAAUUUGUCAACAAACAACGCAGCAAGGCUUGGAAGCACGAGGACGUCUCGAAGCAGUUAGUUCAGAGGAUAUACGAGGGCAUGAAGAAAGAGUUUAAGGAACUAGGGAACUUGGAUGAAAAGGACGUUAACUUUAUAAAAGAUUUGAUACAUCCACCGGAAAAUCUAUACCAGACAAUAUUGAAAUCUGGCGUUGAAGAAAAGAAGAGAGAAUACUUUCUUUAUGAGAUUGUUGCCAAUGAAGCAAAUGGUGUUGAUGUUGACAAAUGGGAUUACUUCUCUCGCGAUUCUCUCUAUCUGGGAGUGAAGAAUAGCUUUGAUCAUGGCAGGUUGAUAGCAUCUGCUAGAGCAUGUGAUGAUGACGAUGGUAUGACCCAUGUCGCCUAUCGAGAUAAGGAUAUCGCCAAUAUUUGUGAGAUGUUCCACACCCGCUUCAUGCUGCAUCGAAAGGCCUAUCAGCAUAGGAUACCAAAGGUGAUAGAACUGAUGUAAGUAGGAAAUAUAACUAAGGUGUACCCAAAUGCAUUGGAUGAAGGAAAGGAUGAAAAGAUUGUCUCCUUUACCAACAAAGAUGGGGUUGAGGAAAACAUCACGCUUCAUGAAGCCGUAGAAAACAUGGAUGCCUACGUUACACUUACCGACGACGUAUUGUAUAAAACAAAAAUUGGCAAAAGAAUUUUUAGGAGGGAACUGUAUCCAUUCAUUGGAGAAAAGCAUAUCAAGAAAGAGGAAGCCAAUGAAACAAAACUGAAAGAAGAGAUUACAGGAAACGAUACUGAAAUGAAAGAACAAAUCGUUGUCAAUAUUGCCCAUUUCGAUUGGGGAAGUGACGAUAAAAACCCUGUUGAAAAAGCCUACGAGUACACCAAAGAUAACGUUGAGAAAGUAGUUACAAAACAGAACGAUUUUCGCAUGCUGGUUCCAGGAUGUUUUGAAGAAUACUUUGCAAGGGUGUACUGCAAAUCAACAACAGAUAAGGUUUGUUUUGGACACUCUGAGGGCGGAGCUCCACCUAUGGACAAGGCUAUGGUCUGGCCCGAUAUGGACAUCACCGACACAGAUAGUGGCGAGGCGGUAAAAGUAGCUGGUUGGGGGAAACACAAGGUUAAUGAGCUGCGAUACGUCCGCAUACAGGAGCUGUGUGCCAAGGAAGACCAACCCCAACCUUCAAAGAAUCUGGACCUGGGAUCACUUCCACCAUGCAGAAGAAGUUUGGAGCAGCACGUAAGACGUGUCAACUAUCAGGUUGGAAUCUGGAAGAGGGCCCACAUUGCUAAACCAGAUAUGAAGGUUGACCAUGAUGGGAGGUCAAGGAUGGAAUGCUGGAGCCACUGUGGUACAAAGGAGAUGUUCUGCCACAGGAGUUCAUCAACAUCGCUGGCGAACCACUAUAGUCUGACGAUGAUGUGGAUUCAGAUGACUCGGAAACUGUACAUCAGCUGA